AACAGCCCAAAAAUUAUAGAGAAACUUAUGAGUGGGAUAGACACAAUUUUCAAGAUGGAGGAUCUCCGUUUGCGUUCAAUUUGUACCAUAGACUAAUAGAGUUUCGCAUGCCUGGCGUGAACGAAACAAAUAGUUAUUACAUUUAAUAAACAGAGACCCGAAGAUUGGUGGUGGAAAAAACAUGACCUGUGAUUGCUAUGUGAAUAAUUAACGUUGAAUUCAUCUAAUUAAAUGAAAAAGCGGUCAACGGUUGAAAAGUUGAAGGAAUAUCAACACUUGAUUCAACGCCCAUUCUUAUGUUACAAAUCAACUUCAACAUUUCGAUUUCGUUACUUCGGAUCGGAAAAACAAUAAAACAAAGAAAAUUGCACGAUGUCUCGCAAUGAUAACGAAUAUAAUAGAAUAGCUACAGAAUAUGAUCCGAUAAAAAUAGCUUCUAUUGAUGGCACCGACUGCGAGGCUCACGACCGCGCAGUUCUGCGCGCCAUGUUUUCGGAAUAUACUCCCAACAAGCAAGUCAGAGGUGAUCCUCGCCAUACGUUGUUCAUUGGCCGAUUGAACCAUCGGACAACACAGGAAACAAUCCAAUCUGAAUUUUCAAAAUUUGGAAAAGUCCUCCAUUGUCGUUUGGUAAAAGAUAUUGUGACAGGGAAAUCAAAACAAUACGCUUUUGUAGAAUAUGAAAGUAUAAGUUCUGCUGAUGCAGCGUGGAAGGAGAUGCAUGCAGAGAUGCUGGAUGGAUCAGAGGUGAUAGUGGAGCGGGAGGCGGAGAGACGGCUUUCGGGUUGGCGGCCGCGCAGGCUGGGCGGGGGGUUCGGAGGCCGCAAGGAGUCGGGCCAGCUGAGGUUCGGAUGUCGAGCGAGGCCAUUCAGAAAACCAUUUGUCCUAGGGCAAAAUAUUGAUACUGUUCCAUCUACUCACAGAAGGGACGGCAAGAACUUACAUUAAACAAAAGCAACAUAUGUCACAAUGUAGACAAUCUGUAUGGUCAUGGCCUGUCAAAGUCUGUGUUGUUUGCC